AUGAAUUUUUUAUCCCGUCUUUUUUUCUUUUUAUUUGCUCUAUUUUUUGACAUAUUAUUAUCAAAAAGUAUUAGAAAUACGAUUUUAUUUUUAUGCAAUCAAAAAAAAUUCUGCCAAAAUAAAUGGAAAAGAAAAUAUUAUACUCUUAAUAAUAAUGAAAAAAAAGAAGAUAAAUUAGAAAAUGAGAAUUUUCAAAUUAAUGAAUUUGAAAGAGAAGAAAUAAAAAUUAAUAAAAGUUUAAAUGUAAAUAUUUUUAGAGAUGAAAAUGAAUCAUCUGCUUAUGAUAAAGGUUUAAGCUUUUAUAACUUACUCAAAGAUAUAGAAAUAAAAGAUGUAAAAAAAAUUCCCGCUUUUAAUCAAAAUUUAGCAAAUAUAUCAAUAGAGAAAAAGAAUGAUACAAUUAAAUUGCAUCAAAAAAAUGAUAAAAGUCAUUUAGAAAAUUCUUUAAUAUAUAAAAAUACAAAUUAUGAUCUGCCUUAUAUUCUAAAUUAUUAUCCUGAUGAUAUAUUUAUUUUUAAUUUUGAUGGAGUUAUAAAUUUGAAUAAGCAAGAAAAAAUUGUCGUAGCGUUUUUAACAUUUAUAAAAAUUUUUAAUCAGGAAUUUCUUUUCAAUAAUAAAAGAAUUAUUAAUUUACCAUUAUACGAUUUUAUAAAAGAAAAAAACUAUUUAUUUAAUAAUAAUGGUAGUAGUAGUGAUAGUGAUAGUAAUAAUAAUACAAAUAAUAAUAAUAAUACUGUAGAUACAUUUAUUUUGCUUAAGCUAAUACCUAAAUUCAUUUACACCAGAUUAUUAUAUAUAUAUAAAUAUUUAAGAAAUAACGAAGAUAUUGUUAUAGCAAUAAAGUACAUAUAUGAUCAAAUAAAUGAUAUAUGUAUAAAAUAUAAUUAUGAUAUUAAUGAAAUGAUGAAUAUUUGUUGUGAAAAGAAUGUUCUGGAAAAAAAAUUAAAAAAAAUUGAGAGAAGAAAAUUUAAUAAAAAAUAUUCUAUUGAAAAUAAUAAAUCAAACGAUUAUAAUAGAACAAUUAAUGAAGAUACAUAUAAAGGUGGAAGUUUUAACAAUAGUGAUAACAGUGAUAACAUAAAAAUAUAUGAUAUAACAGAAGAACUAACUGAGGGAACAUUUAAUCCAUAUGUAAUUUAUAAAUAUAAAAAUAUAGAAAAUUUUCCAAAUAUAUUUCCAAGUUUUCGAAUAGAUUUUGAAGAUUUUUAUUUGAAUAAUACAUACUUAAAAUUAUAUGAGAAAUAUAAGAUAAAUAUGAAUUAUGUCAAAGAUGAAUUUAACAAUAUUCGUAAUCUAUUGAUUAAAAAUGAUAAAGAGUCUUAUGAGAAUUUGAUGAAAUAUAGAUAUGUGUGUGUUAAUUUAAAUGAAGAAGAGAGAAAAAAUCAUGAAACAUUUAAUUUUUGUUGUAUUGAUAUAAUUAAUAAUAACAUAAACGUUUUUAAAAAACCAAUAUAUAUAAUAUCUACUAUAGAAAAUACCAAUUUUAUAAAGUACACUUUACAAUUGUUUGGAUUAAAUAUUUUAGAAAAAGAAAAUGAGCAUUUAUUACGUAUUUUUGGUAAUGAUACAAACAAUUCAGAGGAAGAAGAAAAUGAUGAAAAUAAUAUCCUUUUUAACUUGAAAAAUUAUUUAAAAAAUAAAUAUUUUACUAAAAAUUCAGAAGAAAAAAAAGAUGACUAUAUACAUGAUUCAUAUAAUUUGGAUAUAAAUUAUUUAAAAUAUUUUAAAAAAACAAAAAAAAAAGAUUAUUAUUAUAAUAAAAAUAUACAUUAUAUGAAUAUGCUUAAAAAAAAAUGUGAUUUAGUUAAUUAUAUUAUAGAAAAAUAUUAUGAUGAUAAUUCUAUUCACGUGAUAGAUCAUAAAUAUGAUGAUCUAAAUGCACUUAAUAAUGAUAGUAGAAUUAAUAAAAAAAUAAAGUUAUACUUUUGUGAAUGGGGAUAUAGCACAUAUGAAGAAAAAUUAAAAGCAAUAUUUAAUGAUAAAAUAAAAACAUUUUCUCAGACCUUUAAACUUAUAUAUUUAUGUUGUACUCUUCAAAAUUCACCAAGAAGAGAAUAUACACACGGCAAAGGGAUAUCUCAAGACUUUUAUUCUAAAUUUAUGUAUAAAUACUGUUUAAAAAAUAAUAUAAUUUCUGAAACAGACCCAUUUGAUAAUUUAACAUAA